UUUCCCCGCUCCGGCGGCCCCGUGGAGGAGGUCGGGCCGCAUGGCGAAGCAGAGCCCCGCGGAGCCCGAGGCGGCGGGGCCGAGCGCCUCGGCCGGCAGGAAGGGCAGGAGGAGGAGGAGGAGGAAGGUCUGGAGCGGCCGCGGGGAAGCGGCGACGGAGGCCGCGCCGAAAGGCCCCGACAUGGCGGCGGCAGCUCCCCCCCGCAGCCCCCGGGAGUUCUCCUCCAACUGGAAGGCGCUGCAGGAGCUACUGAAACAAAAGGCAAAUAGCCCCAACGACUCCCUCUCUACAUGUCAAACCUACACCAAAAAGAAGCAUCCACUCAAAGCGGGAAAUAGCCAAGAAGUUCCAGCUAUUAAUGGGAACGGGAAUGCGGUAAAGGCCAAAUCCACAAAUAAAAUGGACAAUGGUUCUGCUAAAGACAAUCCUCCUUUGGCUAAGCCAAAAUCCAAGAGGGUUGUAAUGGAUAAGAAUUUAAAUGGCACCAAAAGCAAUGGAAAAGGCUGCAAAGAAAAAAAGAAAAAUGGCAGUAUUUUAAAGGAGAAAGGUGAUAUAAAACAUGAGAGGAGGAAAGCUGAAGAACAUGUGGAGCAGCAACCCAAAGAGGCUGAAAUCUGGUUUGAUGACGUUGAUCCAAAAGAUAUUGAAGCAGCAAUAGGACCUGAAGCAGCAAAAAUUGCUAGAAGAAAUCUGGGACUUGAAACAGGCCAGUCCAAACAGUCUGUGGAGCAGGUGCUGGUUAAAGAAAAGGCUUCUGAAGGGCUGACACGAGCUGUAGCCAUGGACUGUGAGAUGGUGGGAGUGGGACCCAAGGGUGAAGACAGUAUUGUGGCUCGUGUGUCCAUCGUGAACCAAUUUGGAAAGUGUAUUUACGACAAGUAUGUCAAGCCUACAGAAGAGGUGACUGAUUACAGAACAGCUGUUAGUGGCAUACGCCCUGAGAAUAUAAAUACAGGUGAAGAUUUUAAAACAGUUCAGAAGGAGGUCGCUGACAUCUUGAACGGAAGGAUUUUAGUUGGACAUGCUUUACGCAAUGAUCUAAAGGUCCUAUUUCUUGAUCAUCCUCAGAAGAAGAUACGUGACACACAAAGAUACAAACCUUUCAGACAGAGAGUCAAGAAUGCACGGCCAUCAUUGAAACUGCUCUGUGAGAGACUGCUAAACGUUGAAGUGCAGACAUCAGAGCACUGCUCGAUUCAGGAUGCACAAGCAGCUAUGAGGCUGUACACCUUAGAGAAAAAGAAAUGGGAAGCUGCUGUUAAGAACAAAUCUAACAACAAAAAUUGCAGAACUUGAAUGGUUUUUAUCUGCAGCAUUUGCUGGUUUCAUGUCACAUUCCAGGGCAAAUUUAGAGAUAACUCAGAACUGACAGCAGCUACUUCAUAAAAUCAAUCAAAAGACAAUACUUCCUAACCUGGUGUGUGAAUGCUGCCAUACAGGAAUACUGCUAGUACUGCUAGUAUCCCCUUUCUAGAUGGUACCUAUGCCUAAUGCCUACUACUGUGUUUACACAAUACUUGUAACAAAUGCCAGCAUUUGUGAAGUACUUCAUCAGUUCAAUUUCUGCAAAGAAAAUAUACACUGAAUAAGUUAAAAAAAAGUGGUUUUAAAUUACAAUAGAUGAAGGAAGAAACUGUCAUUGCUUUGCUGAAACUCCCAAGACUAAAAUCUUUAUUUCAAAUAUUUUAAAGUCUACAAAGUACGGCAAAUUCUUAAUUAUUGCUGUUAGUCUCACAGUUGUGGUACCUAAAUCAACAGAAUAUAUAACUUUAUAUAUUAUUAAUGGCCCAAUAUUAAUCUUUCUGGUGAGAAAAAUCUUAAAAUAUUUCUGAAGGAUCCAAGCUUUUAUAUCUGACCCAGAAGUGUACAAGUCUUGUUCUUACACAAAAAGUUUUUCUUUUACUUCUGCAGUUUCAAAAGCGUUGCAUCCACAAGGGUCAUUAUCUCCUGGAGAGAAAUGUGAGAGUUGUCAAAUACAAGAUUACUUUGUUGCUUCACUUAUUUUUAUAUUCCUUUAUUAAUAAAAACAGUGUCUAACA